AUGGUCUGCUGCUGCAGUCGAUGCGGUCUUGAGUUGGGCGCCGACACUGACCUCGUUUCCGUGGAGGUUGUCACGGCUGCCCACGUCCCGGCGGACAUCACUUCCAUGCCGUCACGCAUUCGCGUUGGCCAGCAUGUACCAAGCCGUUCUACACCACUCUGGGUUCGUCCAGGCCCAAAAAGCAAACUGUCCGAGCCAGGCUCGAUUGCGUCUAUGCGUCAGCAAUCAUACAUGCCCCCAUGUGUAUGUCCCGCGGUGGGUGGACACACAGCUACACUGCAUACAGAUGAGUGGAGCCCAGCUGCCUACAAGCGGGUGGUGGCCGUUUUGAUUCAAGCCCCGAGUCGCGCAAGUCGGGGGGCAGAAGAGAAGAGCAAUUCCUCCAUAAAAGCUCGCAUCAACUGUUCGACUGUAGCAACUCAUUCCAGCAUGAAAGGUUUAUUAUUUAUGCCUCAUCAAGUAAAUUAA